AUUCCUACGCCUCCGCUUUAGUUAUCCCGUUAAAUUCCACAUGCCUGCCUGACAUAAGCCUACCGGGGGAAGAGGAGGUGUGGCACUAGACAAGGAUAUUUAAUCCCGCAACACAGUAACACAACGGGUAAAGUUGUGGAAGUAAGGGAAGGAAUUCGUACACAGAAAGGUAUUGAAUUAACUGGCUUGGUUGAAGCCCGAGAAAGGGCGGAGACGCGCUUCUUGAUGGCUGUCUAAAUUUGAGCACUAUGAAACAAGAAAACUAGCAGACAGAAGGGAAAGUUAAAAAAAAGGAAAGAAAACGUUAUUGCUAUUCGGUGCCUGUCUGUUGCUUCUCUACUGAAUAUGGCAGGGACACGUACAAGAAGAGGGGCUGGUUCGGAACAAUCCCGAACUGCGAGGGCAGCUGCUCUUGCUGAUGAGUUGCACCAUGAAUGCAUUCUCUUAUUGGAACUUUAUAGAAAAAAGGAGGCGUUUGCCGAGGAACUCACCGUCGGCGGGGAGUGCCUGGUGACCGUGCCACUGCUCUCCUCCCAGCUCUCUCCGAAUGACAGGUUGUGGCGCCUCUACUCCGCCCUGCUACAGUGCCGGAACCUCCUGGAGCGUGCCAUUGGCCUGGAAGAGGGGGUGGGAAACGGCGGGGACAGGGCCCAAUACGAAAGCCAGAAGAAAACAGUGAGGGACCGGCUGGGGCACCUGAUAGCGAGCACACGGCUCCUCCUGGAGGACGGAGCUGGAACUGCAGCCUUCACUCCUGAUCCGAAGAAUAGUGAGAAAGAUAGUCCGGUGAACGGCAGCCCGUUUGCGCUAAAGCUCUGGAUCUACCGUAUCUUCAACGAGCUGGAGCACUGGACGCUCACCGCCUCCAAGACCCUGAAGGCCCUGCACCCCGACGGAGCCGCCCCCAAGGAGCGCGGAACGAGGGGGAGGCCAAGAGGGAGGAGGACCCGGAGAUGAGAUAGUAGAGAUUGGAAGAAGUAGCCUGUGAGCGAGGAACGAGAGAGCAGGGAAGAGAGAGAGAGGGAGAGAGGGAACGAUGGAAAGAAAGAGAGCGAGAUAGAGAGGAAGCGAUGGAAAGAAAGAGAGAGCGAUAGAGAGGUAGCUUGAGAGGAUGAGGUAGAAGGGUCUGAUGUGGAAGAAGAAAGAGAGAAGGCAUGCAGGAGUCCGAAAGUCUGAGAGAGAGAGAUGGAAAGAAGAGGAGAAGGAAAAGAGUGACAACAGCCAGUAUAAAGAUUCUGUGAAAAGAGGGAGAGGAGUAUAUGUUUAAGUUAAUAAAGAAAUAUAUACAGUGGUGACAAGGACACAAGAGAAAGCAUGAGAAAGUAUAUUACUACAUACUGUACAACCAAUGUGUGACAUAACGGUUUUGAUAUUGAAGCAAUUUUGGUCAUUCAAGACGUACUUUUCUAACAAGGGCUCUGCGCUGUAGCUCCACUUGCUGCUAACAAACAUAGGACACUGGGUGGCACGUAGCCUAGCGGAUAGAACGUUAGGCUAGUAACUAACUAAAAUGUGUCAAUAAAAACAAAAUUGCUGUAGUUCAA